UUUCGUUGUGAACCAGGAAGCUCUCCUGCUGCUGGGUGUGUUACCGCCCGUCAGGUGAAAUGAGUGAACUGAGGUCGCUUUCUUGAGGAGUCUUUAUGGAACGGGCGUCAGGAGUUUCGUAAAUGCGCUUUCCCGUUCAGAGAAACGAGAUAUUGGCGUGCCAGUCUUCGUUUUCUUUGUGUGACUUGUCAGUCAGAACUUGUCUGGACAAGUGAGACAGAGAAUUCAUGACGUGAAUUUUUAUUUCGACUUUCAUUUCACUUCUUUCUGGGCCUGGCUGAAGAAGCAUUGAGCCAACAACAUCGUGUCUUUUAGACAGUCGAGGAGGGAACAAAGAGGAGCAGCAUUUCUGGUGAGAGAGCGAGAGAGAGAGAGGUUCAUGCGUGGCUGUCAUUCCCCUCCAGAUCCACCCUGCUCGCACAUGUCCUGCCAUGAUGGUGCUGGAGGAGGGAGCACAGACUUGCCUGCUUCACUGUCGUCACCGGCUGCAGCAGGAGAUAAAGCCCCACGAUAUCAUGGAUUACAUGAUUAGUGAUGAAGUGCUGACUGUGGACGAGGAGGACGUGGUCAGGAAACAGCCCACCCAGAAUGAACAGGCCUCGUCUCUGGUGGACCUUCUGCUCAGGAAAGACAUCAGUGCCUACAUCUCCUUCUAUAACGCCUUGAUCAGUGAGAAGCAUCAGGAUCUGGCCGUUUUGCUUCAAAAUGGCCUCCCACACAACUCAGGAGCCCCAAUGAAGAAUGGCAUCAACGGCAAAGUACCUGAUGUCCAGGCCGUGCUCAGCCAAGGCGGCGUCCCCCAGAGGCCCGUGGUGUUUGUGAGCCGACCAGAGCUGGUCAGCCGUGUCCGUGAGAAGCUUCACCUUCUGAGGGAUAAACCUGGCUGGAUCACUGUCUUUGGGAUGGCCGGCUCGGGGAAGUCCGUCCUCGCCGCUGAGGCUGUUCGACACCAGCAGCUCAUUGAUGAGUGUUUUCCUGGAGGCGUCCAGUGGCUGUCCAUCGGUCAGCUGGAUAAGCCGGACCUGCUGGUCAAGAUCCAGUCGCUGUGCUUCCGUCUGGAGCAGAACCUGGAUGCCCAGUCCCUUCACAGACCGCCUUCCUCUCUGGAUGAAGCUAAGGAACGUCUUCGCUUCCUGAUGCUGCGCAAGCAUCCCAGGUCUCUGCUGAUUCUUGACGACAUCUGGGACAGCAGUGUGUUGAAGGUGUUUGACAUUCAGUGUCAGAUCCUCCUGACCACACGAAACAGGAGCCUGGCUGACUCUGUCAGUGGUGCCAAACUCCAGGUGGAGGUGGAGAGUGGUCUGGACGAAAACAAAGCUCUGGAGAUUCUGGCGCUGUACACUCAGAACAAAGCCCACAGUCUGCCUGAGGAGGCUCGGAGCAUUGUUCGCGAAUGUAAAGGAUCUCCUCUGGUGGUCUCCUUGAUUGGGGCUUUGCUGAGGGAGAAGCCGGAUCGCUGGCCUUACUACCUGCGGCAGCUGCGGCAGAAGCAGUUCAAGCGCAUCCGGAAGUCUUCCUCCUAUGACUACGAGGCGCUGGACCAGGCCAUGGCUGCCAGCAUCGAGGUGCUGCCUGACGACCACCGAGAGCUUUACAGGGAUUUCACUGUGCUGGAGAAGGAUGUGAAAAUCCCUGCCAAGGUGCUGUCUGUGCUGUGGGACCUGGAGACGGAGGAGGUGGAAGAUGUUCUCCAGGAAUUUGUCAACAAAUCCCUCCUCUUUGUGGACACCAACAGCAAACCUUACCUCUACUACCUCCACGACCUGCAGCUGGACUUUCUGGUGGAGCAGAACCGAGCUCAGAUUGAGAGCCUUCACAGGAAGGUGGUGAGUCAGUACCAGCAGUUCUACAGGGACAAUCCUCCGGUGUCAGGAGACGAAGAAUGCCUCUACUGGAUCCGAUUCCUGACCUACCACAUGGCCAAAGCCAACCUGACCCAGGAGCUUCACUCUCUGAUGUUCUCUUUGGACUGGGUCAGAACAAAGGCCCAGAUCAUGGGCCCAGCUCACCUCAUCAACGACUACGUGGAACAUGGACUGAGUCUGGACAAGGAGAAUAGCGACGUUUGUAGUCAGUUCAAAGAGUUUCUGUCUCUGAACGGCCACCACUUGGAGCAGCGACCUUUUCCCGACGUGGUUCAGCUGGCUCUGUCCCAGCCAGUCACCUCUGAAGUCUACACACAAGCGCUGCAGCAGGCCAGACAGCUCGCUCGCUCUGGGAGGCUGUACUUCGACUGGCUGAAUAAAAACAUUGUGGAGUCUCUGUCACGCCUGAUCAUUCAGCCCCACCAGGGCUCCAUCUACUCAGCCUGCUUCUCCCACAGUGGAACCAAGAUAGCCUCUUGUGGAGCCAGCAAGACCGUCAAGGUGUUUAAAAGCACGUCUGGGGAGAAGCUCCGGGAGAUCCAGGCUCACGACGAUGACGUUCUCUGCUGCGCCUUCUCACCCGAUGACCGGCUCUUAGCAACCUGCUCCAGCGACAAGAAGGUUAAGGUGUGGAACGUGGAGCGAGCCAUGCUGUUGAGGGCCUUUGAGGUGGAGCACGAGGAGCAGGUCAACCACUGCCAGUUCACCAACCAAACAAACCGCCUCCUGCUGGCCACCUGCUCUAAUGACAAGUUCCUGAACGUGAAGCUGUGGAACCUCAACAAGCCGUCCUCCCAGAACACCAUGUUUGGACACUUUGAACCAGUGAACCACUGCUGCUUCUCCCCCGACGACGCCUAUCUGUCCACCUCCUCCAACGACGGCACCGUCAAGCUGUUCCACGUGUCAUCUGCAAAUGAAUGGAGGACGAUCAAUGUCAGGGACAUGUGCUCGGAGAGCAUCGAGGAGGUCAUGGUCAAGUGCAGCACCUGGACGGCCGACUGCAAACGCCUCAUAUGUGCAGCCAGAAAUGCUGUGUUGGUGUUCGAGGUGGAGACGUCCGACUUGUUGCUGGAGAUCAAAACCAACCGUCUCAGCACGGUUCAGUACUGCCACGCUUGUCCGACCAGCAGCCUGCUGGCCGUCGCCUACUCCAACUAUGCUGUGGAGCUCUGGGACUGGGAGGCUAAUAAAAAGAUGGCAGACUGCAGCGGACACUUGAGCUGGGUCCAGCGCGUCCAGUUUUCCUCUGAUGGCUCACAACUGCUGUCGUGCUCCGACGACCAAACCGUGCGACUGUGGAAGACAGAGAAGGUGCACACGACCUCCGCCGUCAGUCUGAAACGAGACUCCGACUGUCUUUUCACCGGCGAGCAGAUCAUUGUGUCUGCUGCUGACAACUGCAACAGACUCCAGGUGCGUGAGAGCAUCUCAGGGUCCAUCCUGCACCAGUCUGAGGAAAAGGCGUCCAGGAUUCGGUGCACCAGUCUGUCUCUGGAGCCCUUCGCUGUGGUCCUCGGGCAGGAAGACGGAACAGUGGAGGUUCUGGAGCUGCCUUCUGGGAGUCUGGUGGCCACCCUGCUGGGACACACCAAGACAGUCCUUCACUGCCAGUUUGUCGGGGACGGCCAGACGCUCAUCACCUCGUCUGAGGACACCAGCAUCAGGGUCUGGCAGUGGCGGUCCGGAGAGUGUCUGGCUUUGCAGGGGCACACGGAGCAGAUCCGGUGCUUCUCUCUGGUCUCCUCGUCCCUGGCUGACAGCAGGCUUCUCUCCUGGUCGUUUGAUGGCACCGUGAAGAUGUGGGAUUACAGAAGUGGAGAAAAGGUGCAGGACAUUGAGGCCCACCACGGAGCCGUUCUCUCCUGCCACGUCUCGCCGGACAGUUCCCUCUUCGUCACCACCUCUGCUGACAAGGCGGCAAAGCUGUGGCGCUGCGACUCCUGGAACUGUGUCCACGUUCUCAGGGGCCACCAGGAGUGUGUCAGGAGCAGUCGCUUCUCCUGGGACAGCCGCCGCCUGGCCACCGGCGACGACAAUGGGGAAAUUCGGCUCUGGAGCGUCCUGGACGGUUCCCUGCUGAAGAUCUGUUCUCGUGAAGGAAAGGACGCCAUGGACUCUCUCCACGGAGGAUGGGUGACGGACCUCCGCUUCUCCCCGGACAACUCGCUGCUGGUGUCGACCGGAGGCUACAUCAAGUGGUGGGACGUGGACAGCGGCCAAGCGCUGCAGACCUUCUUCACCAAAGGGGGCGCUCUGAAGAAGGUCCACGUGUCGAGCGACUUCUCCACCUUCGUGACCAUCGACAACAUCGGGAUCCUCUACGUCCUGAGGAGAGUGGCCUGAAGAGCGGAGCGAGUGCCUUUGAUGUGGUUUGGUUGAAAGCACAAUCCUACUGACUUGUUUACACGGGACACUGGGGCUGUUCAGGACCGUGGUCCACCCCCCGCUGAACUGAGCCAAGCUUGCCAGCUAAAAUGUAGCGCCGACUUGUAGUUCCAGCCUCGUCCUCCGGGGGGAGCACGUGAGCCCGCGAUGAUAAUCACUGAGCCCUGCACUGACCUGUUGACCCGGGACUCGAGGCUGUCGUCUCUUCUCCACUUCACCUCUGUGGCUCCCAGUUUUGUGCUUCUUACUUUAACUGUACAACUAGGUGCUGAGGUCACAUGACUGUGAACGGUUGACGCUGCUGUGUGUUUCUGUGAUGCAGCUGUUUGCUAAAUCAAUAAAGCCCUCGUGAGACCAGACUUCCUCCUGACUGAACCUGCUGCUGUGAGGUCAUCACUCGCCUGUGGCUGUCGGCGCCCUGACACCACGGCUGAUCCCACCUGAACUGGAGCGAGACCAACUGCAGGUCCUGUUCAGUUCUGGAUCCACAGUCCAGAGCAUUACAGCAUGGAACCACUGGUGUCGUGGGACUGUGGAGUGGUUCUUGGACGUUCCUCCAUCAAACUCUGCAUGAUGAUGAUGAGAGGAACCUCAUGGUCCAGCGCUCCCUCAUGGACACGUUGGAGGCAACACUUGGAUCUUUAAAAAGGCAUCUGCUGACCUUGAUAGCAGAAGAUGGUUUGGAUGCAUCGACCUCUGGGUUAUGGGCCCAGCAGGCUUCCGCUGCGCCACUCUGCUUCCAUGAUCUGACACUGAGCUGGGAUCCAUGUGGAGGAAGGCUGCAGGAGGGACACUGAAGUAGUUCAGCGGCUGAAACUCAUCAAAUUUAAGGGGUAAAAGUGAGGUUCCACCCAGACUUGAACUCACUGGACUCAGAGUCCAGAGUGCUGACCAUGACGUAACAGGGAAGCAGCACGUAUUCCCACAGUCACCUCCCAUGAAACAUGGCUGUGCUCCUUCGAUAGCUCAGCUGGUAGAGCGGAGGACUGUAGAGUGAGACGGACAUCCUU